CCAGGCUCCGGAAGCGGCUGCCGCGAGUCCCACUGACGUGUCCCGGCGGCGAGACGUGUCGCGAAAAGUCGCGGUGGACCUUCCCUGCGGGGUACGGAGCUGGCGCUUUACGCCGCCGGGCACAGCUGAGCUGGGAGAUGUCGUCUGCAGGCCGGGCGGAGCCCUUGGGUCCUCCCAGCAGCUUUGCGAAGCGGCUCCUGGUGACCGGGGGUGCUGGUUUCAUCGCAUCACAUGUGAUUGUCUCUUUAGUAGAAGAUUAUCCAAACUAUAUGAUCAUAAAUCUAGACAAGCUGGAUUACUGUGCAAGCCUGAAGAAUCUUGAAACCAUUUCUAACAAACAAAACUACAAAUUUAUACAGGGUGACAUAUGUAAUUCUCACUUUGUGAAACUGCUUUUUGAAACAGAGAAAAUAGAUAUAGUACUACAUUUUGCUGCACAAACACAUGUAGAUCUUUCAUUUGUACGUGCCUUUGAAUUUACGUAUGUUAAUGUCUAUGGCACUCAUGUUUUGGUAAGUGCUGCUCAUGAAGCCAGAGUGGAGAAGUUUAUUUAUGUUAGCACAGAUGAAGUAUAUGGAGGCAGUCUUGAUAAGGAAUUUGAUGAAUCUUCACCCAAACAGCCUACAAAUCCUUAUGCAUCAUCUAAAGCAGCUGCUGAGUGUUUUGUACAGUCUUAUUGGGAACGAUAUAAAUUUCCAGCUGUCAUCACACGAAGCAGUAAUGUUUACGGACCACAUCAGUAUCCAGAAAAGGUUAUUCCAAAGUUUAUAUCUUUGCUACAACACAACAGGAAAUGCUGCAUUCAUGGAUCAGGACUUCAAACAAGAAAUUUCCUUUAUGCUACUGAUGUAGUAGAAGCAUUUCUCACUGUCCUCAAGAAGGGAAAACCAGGUGAAAUUUAUAACAUCGGAACCAAUUUUGAAAUGUCAGUUCUCCAGCUUGCCAAAGAACUAAUACAACUGAUCAAAGAGACCAGUUCAGAGUCUGAAAUGGAAACCUGGGUGGAUUAUGUUAAUGAUAGACCUACCAAUGACAUGAGAUAUCCAAUGAAGUCAGAAAAAAUACAGGGCUUAGGAUGGAGACCCAAAGUGCCUUGGAAAGAAGGAAUAAAGAAAACAAUUGACUGGUACAGAGAGAAUUUUCACAACUGGAAGAAUGCAGAAAAGGCAUUAGAGCCCUUUCCAGUACAACCACCAUUUGUAUAGUGAGGACAGUUUUCAGAGAAAGAAGAAAAUUAUCCUACCUCGACAAGUGAUAUGAAAUCAAGUGAUGAGACCAAGUGUCCUCUUCAUAUGGAAUUAGAUUGUGACUUUUUGCAUAAAAUUCAAAUGCGAAAUGCCUCAGUCUUUAGAAUAGUUUUAGUAUUGCCAUAGGAUUUAAAUAUCAAGAUUCUUUCAGAAACCUUUUCUACUGAAAGUUAGGAAUCAGUAAGCCUAGGAAGAGGAGGGUGCCUGGAAGGAGGAAUCUCACAGUUCUGAGAACCAGGAUGGGGAACAGCUCUGCACGGAUGACAGCCUUCCCUGGCACUGAACUCACCUUCCCAGCCUUCCCCACUGCCCAGAUAGUCUCAAGUUUUCGUUUUUAGGCAAUAUAGUAUAAGCCAUAUGCUCUCAUUCAUCUUUUUGUAAAGAUCUGAUGUGCUAUAAUUGCUUUAAAAGGGGAACAAUGUAAAAAUAUCUAGCACUUUUUAACUUUUGAUAAUUUUGUAAAAUUAAGUUAAAUGUUUUUUAAAAGGAGGAUGUCAUUUUUAUAUUUUCAAAAUCAGUUGUUGAACUAUAUAAGUAACCAUGUAUGAAAGAAAUUUUAUCAUGUAUUUACCAUUUAAAAUGAUUUUAUUUAUAAAAGUAUCAAAAUUUUAAUGUAUUUAAUGUAGAAUGUGGCUUUUAGUAAGGUAUGUUAUUAUUUUGCUGUAGAAAAAAUUUUAUAUUACUUGAUUAAAUAUUUUUAAUUAUCUACUAAAAA